AUGCGAUUCCGGCAGGCCCCAGUAGCAUUGGUUGCGGACAUAGAAGCCAUGUUCCACCAGGUAAGAGUAUGUGAGCAUGAUAGGGAUUCUUUAAGAUUCCUUUGGUGGCCUCAAGGUAACUUGAACGAGGAACCAAAGGAGUAUCGUAUGAACGUCCACUUGUUUGGUGCAACUUCGUCACCAAGUUGUGCGGCUUUCUGUUUGAAGCGCACGGCAAAUGAAAAUACUGAUAAAUUCAGUCAAGAAGCGGUAAGUACGGUCGAACGUAAUUUCUACGUUGAUGACCUUCUUAAGUCAGUAUUAGACUCAAGUUCGGGAAUUAGACUUGCCGCAGAAAUGAAAGAACUUCUUUCUUUAGGGGGCUUCAGACUGACAAAGUGGCUCUCUAAUUGUGAAUAUGUCAUGAAUUCGAUCCCGGAAGCGGAUCGAGCUCAGUCAAAGGAAAAAAUAGACCUUGACAACGAAUCGUCAUGUGAGCGAACACUUGGGUUACAGUGGCAUGUUAAGUAUGAUCAUUUUGUGUUUGAUGUAAAUCUCCGUGACAAAGGUACGACAAGACGUAAUAUCUUGUCGGUUGCCAGUUCAUUGUAUGAUCCGCUUGGGCUUGUUGCACCAGUGACAUUAACACCAAAAUUGAUUCUACAACGUGCUUGUAGAACAAACCUAGGCUGGGACGAACAAAUUCCAGAUGCGGAUGCUGAAAAAAUGGUUGCAGUGGCUAGCCAGCCUACCAGCACUAUCGAAGGUAAGUAUAGAUAG